GGAUGCUUAGAAACCAAAACAGCACUCAUCUUUGAUGUAAGUUAUUUUCGGCACACAGCAUCAUGACCAUCAGCAUGUAGUUCUUCACAGUCACAGCAACGGCGAAAAUACAAGAUGAGCGCAGUUUAUACCGUGCGUCUCAUCUCAUCGGAGACCUGUUUUGCUGGGUUGAACUCCCACCGGCAUGCGGAAAAGUGGGGCCAGCAUGCGCUUAGCAAUGUCCGCGUCGUGGAGCUCGCCGUGCUAUCGUCGUUCUCAGCGAGCCCCUCAGCAUCUUCACGGAGUACAUCAACUACACGCGGAGGUAGAAGUGCUUCCAGCACCAGCACAACUCCUACACCGACGAAAAAAGUGUGUGUCGGCUGUCGUUUUCUUGACACGUGGGAAUUCCACCGGCAGCGACGAGGGAUGGUCGGCCCCGAUGCGGACGAACACGGCAAAAUUACGGGUUCCGCCGAGUCGCCGGAUGAAGUCCUGUACCUGUCGGAGUCCUUUGCCGAGAGUGUGCAAAUUCCGGCGAACGCACGCGUCACGGUUCGUCCAGUUUACAAUCACGAAACGCAGAACGCCAAGGAAGUCCACGUCCGCGCCUUACAUGCCAACGAUUUCGAGCUGGUGGACGCCAACGCCGAAUGGAUCUGCGACAAUCUCCGAUCGCAAAUCGGCAGCUUGACAGGCGCGACCACGUAUUUUCCCAUUUUCAUUCACGGUACCGCGAUUAAGCUGCAAGUGCUGAAGGUCGUCGCCGCGAGCACUUCAAGUACUACCGACGAGGCCGCAGUUGCGGAGCAGAAGAUCGAGGAGUCCGAUGGUAGUUCCUUUGUGUACGUUCUCACACCGGAAACGGAUCUGAUCAUCGAGGCACGGCAGCAAAGUCGUGGCAACCUGCACGAAGACGAAGAGGUCAAGAGCUUCUGGCUUUGGGUCACUUUCGUUGCCGCUUCCACUGAAGAGGAAGCGAGUUUAGAGGACAGCACAACUACAAGUGCAGAUCUCGACACGAUGAAUGACGGUGCCCCGCCGGGUUCGACAGGAAAGCUUGAGCUCCCCCCGGGACGAAUUUACCCCAGGUGUCUCGGACUGCAUCCGCGGCUUUUUCGCGCAAUCUUCGAUCCGACCUACACCGAUUUCAUGAUGGAGAACCCAGCAACCGGCGUGAAGGAAACACACUCGAUGCAACGUGCGAGGCUGCUCCGCACAACCGUGAUGCAGAAGGGCGCAGGUUCGGCCCGGGGCGGAGCCAGCCGGCACUACAGCGAUUCGGAGUACAGCAGCCCGGCAAACAAGCUGCGAGGAACUACCGCUGCCUCACAGCAGGCGCAGCUGAGCUCUUUGCCGAAAGACCAGACCCUGCUGUGGGUAGAGGGGGAAGUUUUCCUCUGCGUAUUGGAUCGGCGGUUGCAAAGCCUGCGCCACUGCAGCGUAUACGGGGACGCCCGUUUCGCCAAGGGCAGCUUUUUGGUGGCAGAACACGACACACGGCAACUUGCGGUCACAGUGCCGAGUAUUCGCCUCACACUGCAGCUGCCGGAGCGCUUCCGAGGGGCUGAUAAAAAAGAAGGGUUCGAGCAGGGCGUCGCGAAUGAGGAAACGAUGGAGGUGCAAAAUGAUCUUGGUCUUGCUAUUGCAUCGGGCUCGUCUAGUAUAGACAUCAAAAUCUGCAACCUCGUUGACGCCGCGUUUUCCGACUUCGUGAUGCAGGAAAAUGGGGCGAUCCUGCAACACGGCAUGCAGCUUUGGCUGCGCACCAAGCGCUCCUUCGAGGCACAACUGGAAGUGGCGCGUCUACGACGGGCUGAAACGGCGUGCGGGGAAGAGUCAGGAGCCGACGCUGACGGCGUAAAAAACGUGGACCUGUCAUCGUUUACGGAGCUGGAAGAAGAAGAAGAUUGCGAGAGUCUUUACAACUGCGAUUUGUCUGCCUCUUCCGCGUCAGAGGCAUGCAGCCUUGCCGUUAAGCAAGUCCCAGAUGGUAGCAGGGCGGACCUCGACAAGAACAUAAAGAGAUUGGCCGAUGAUGGUGCUGUAACUUCUGCUUCCCUACUAGGAAGCGCCGGAGACCCAGCAAACGUGCAGCCAAUGGCGCCCCCGGGUCAGCAUGAGCAUGAAAACCAGGUGCAGGUCGUUGUUGGAGACCUAGAUCCAUGGGCAGCAGCGCACUUAGACAUGACGUCUCUGGACUGGGGCUUCGAGGAUGUUAGCGCUACUGCUGCAACCGGCCUGGGUCAUGAUGCUGAAGCGAGUCCUCCGGAAAGAGAAAACGAAGAUGACGUCUCUGCGGAACUACUUUUCGCGCCGACGAAAAGUGUGGGGCAGCGGUAUUUCUACUAUCCAGUGCGUCUGGAGUUUCAGAACAUCGAUGCCAGUGCGGACAUGUACACACUUCUGGAAUCCUACGAGCUCGGCGACCAUGACAUGGACGUUGAUAUUGAGUUCACACCCACGGAGUCCAGGAGCGCGCUUCUCAUGACGAAGGCGUUUGCUUUUCCGCAGAGGGAUUUUUCUCGCCCUGGAAAGACAAGUGCUUUAGCCUUGGAGCCACCUACUUGUGCUGCCCCAUCCUUUCACUCUGAGACACUGCUACGCAGCUUUUGCGAACGGGCAAACGUGGAGGAUGCAGUUACCCGGCUGGUGCUGGAAGCAGUAGAACUUUCACUCAGUCGUCAAAGCGCCACCAAAUUUGGCUUGCCGUCGCACCUGAGGGAGCUUCCGUUUUUCCAAAGGACCUUGUCAGCAGCUAGGAGUAAAGUAGAUUCGCCGGCUGUGCGUAGCGGACUGCUGAUGAGCGGAGCUCGCGGCGCUAUGCAGAAAGAUGUUCUGCAACACGUGCUUUCUGACCAGAACAAGAACGCACUCUGGAUCAAUUGCGCGCUUUUGGCGAACAGCAAAGUUGCGUAUAAAACGAUCGGGCUCUUGCUCCAGACCGUUUUGCUCCUUGCCGUGCAGCUCUCUCCAGCUGUCGUGGUUUUCGAGGAACUAGACGCGUUGCUGCUCCCUGAGAACGCCGGUGAACAGCCAGCGGUAGAGAACAUUGCGUCGUUGCGGAGCCAGUGUCUUUCCGAUACGCUGAAAGACCUGCUUCCGGUUCUGCGCGCCAGCUGCGCAGAGGAAACGGCCCUUGCACUGGACUUCUCUGCGCUUCACAAGCAAAUUGUGUCUGCGUUCGAACUGCGUACGACCAGUCCCGACGCGGCGAGCGAUGCGUUACAGGAGUUUUACUGCGCACACCAAGAAUCUGCUCUGCCCUUGGCGCACAGCUUGCAAUUUGCAGCCACGGUCACGAACCGCGAAUUCAAAAGUUUAGUUACGUCGUCUUUGGCUCUAGAUUCGCGUGUGCACCUCGACAAUCCGGGGCUGCGAGACCGAGCGGACAUUUUGGCAGCUUAUUUGUCGCAGAAACAAAAGGAAAGCGCUCCUGUUGCUUACAGUAGUGACUACAUGUCUGAUCUAGCAAACGAUCUUGCCGCACGUACCGACGGGUCCACAGUCACGGAUCUUCUUGAAAUUGCAAACUUCACCAUGAAAACGCUUCUCCGAUCCACCUAUGGCGAUCCGUCGGGCUCAGAAGAAGACUUGUUAUCGCCUUCCACACCGAAGCUUUCCGCCGAAGCGGUGCUCGAGGAAUACCGGCGAAGCCGUCCUGGACACCAGGCGUCUUCCAGCAGCAGCUCAUCGACCGGAAAAGCGCAGCCGCUACAAGCCGAGUCCAUUUUUUGGGAGCACGUCGGGGGGCUGCAAUUGCAGAAAUCCGUCCUGCUCGACACCCUGCUCCUUCCCACCACGUUUGAGCCGCUCUUCAAGCGGUCCGCCAUGAAGCAGCGCCAAGGCCUGCUUCUCGUUGGGCCGUCGGGGUGCGGGAAGACGUUCCUCGUGCAUGCACUGAGCAACCGGCUUCGCGGCUUCGUGCGCUUUUUCCAGGUGAAGGGGCCGGAACUGCUCUCUAAGUACAUUGGGGAGAGCGAAGCCGGGGUGCGCAACGUUUUCGAGCAAGCCCGGCAGGCGAGUCCCAGCUGCAUUUUUUUCGACGAAAUCGAAGCGCUCUGUCCCGUGCGCGGUGGCGAAACCACUGGCGUGACCGACCGCGUUGUAAACCAAAUGCUGACCUACUUGGACGGGGUGGAAGCGAGGAAGCAGUUGUUCGUCAUCGCUGCCAGUUCCCGACCGGAUCUUGUUGACCCUGCGCUGUUGCGGCCGGGCCGCUUCGACCGUAAGCUGUACUGCGGCCCGCCUGCCGGAGACACGCGGGAGUGGCACGCAGUUAUACAAACCGUGAUUGAAGCGGGCAAAUUUGGCCUAGACAAGGAGGCCCGGGAGUAUUGCCAAGACACAUUGCCCGCGGAACUGGCGAAGAUUUCCGGUUUCACGCCCGCAGACGUGCGCGCGCUGUUCUCCACGGCACAACUCGACGCAAUUCACAAGAAGCUGGAGGAAGCGCGGCACCAGGGAGAUCGCGCGGAAGAAGACGACGAGAGUCAACAAGACGAAGCUCGCAUCUCUCGAGCCAUGUUGGAGUUUGCCGUGGCCUCGACAAAGCCGUCGCUAUCAAAAAACGAGGUUGCACAGCUGGACGCUCGUUUUGCGCAGUAUCAGGAAAAAUCUCCUGGUCGUACGGAUCGUGGACGAGGGGGAGAAAUCGCUGGAAGGUUGCAACACGUGUCGAAGAAAGUAGCUUUGGCAUAAUAGCCUUGACUGCCUGCACCUGCGCAAUGAGAAGUACUUUAUCAGUCGGUUACUUUAGACUGGCCGCCGCACAACUGAUACCUACUAAAAACAGCGGCUCUUUUUACUGCAGGUGUUUGCCUCGAAUAUUUUACUGAGAGCCAUCAACAACGCAAUUACAACAAAGCAUAUAUGGUUUAUGCGCAUAAAAAUAAAUGCGGAUGAUGCAGUUGCAGUUGCACUAGCUCUUUUUCUCCCUAGGUGGUAUCUGAAGCUCAAGAAGCUCUUUUUCUGCUCCAAGUUCUGCCACGACAGACGGUUGAAGCCAUAUGUUUGUUUUUUUUCCUUUCUUACGUAUUUGGAGUAGCCGGCCGAUAAACCCGAGUGCGAAGAAAAGCAGGCAAUCGGCCAAUUUAGCAAUCUGCUGACACAACAUCAAGUAGACUCGUGGACUAGAUUCCACAUUGUGGAAAGCUAAAGCAAUGGAGCGGCUUCUAGAUUCGAUUCUCAUCUGAAUCUGAUUUCAGGGUCGAUUAUGUAUCCCAUCCUGACAUGAUCAUGAGUAAGUGAG